UCACGUCACCUCCAGCGAUCUGCCGAAACUCAAACGGACACGUGACCUCCAGAGACCUGCCGAAAAGCAGCUUGUAGACAGCCCGGGAUGGAAUGACCCACUUGAUAGGCAUCCCAUUGACUUGCACCACCCUGGCCUUGGCCUGUGGCCCCACCCCGCCCCGCAUCCACACUGACACCAUCUUCACUGACGACAGCUCGGGACACUUUGCCAAAAGGGCCGGCUCGACAGGCAGAGGAUGGCUGAUGUCGCCAGAGAGAUCAGCAGCUAUGCUCUCAGUGUCCUCUGGCAGUUCGUCUCCACGUUUGCACUGGUAGCCCCACACUUGUGUGAGCUUGCCAUCCUCCGUCACGAAGAUGAAGAGGUCGUACGUCUCAAACUGGUUGUUGCUGGGCUUGACAAAAAAGGCAGCACAGCCCUCGGCGAGUUCCGGAUGGUCCCUCAGUGCCUGUGACAGGUAUCCGCCUUGUUUCACGAAUGCCUCGACAACAUCAGAGAGCGUCGUCCAGUCGGAGUUCCUGAUGCGGGUUCCGAAACUGCAUUGACUGCGGAUGACGGCAGGGGGAAGGGUGUUGUGAAGGUCCUUUGGAAGAGCAGCGAUCUGGUCUUGCGCGUCGGGGUCGUCCUUGCGCAGGUCGCUCUGUAUGAGGCGCAGACAGAGAGCAGCGGCACACGGCCCUUCCCACUGGUCUCCCGACUCGUCAUCGGCCGUGUUGAGCUUCCACAAGUUAGCGGCGGCGGCAUUGAGCCCGGAAACGACCAGAGAGCCUAAAUCCUCUGGACGUUGGGCCAGCUUGUCGAGAACAUAAUAGAGAUAGCAGGGGGGCCAGACGAACACCUCUUCUCCCAAACCGUCCUCUUUGAAGACAUCCAGAAGCUCCUCCCACUCUCGGAGGCCAUACCGAGGCUCAGUCCCACUGACGGCUGUGUCGAUGACGGACCAUAGGAUGCGGACGGCAUCUGUCGGACCUCGCAGAGCAAGCUGCGGGAGGCAUUUAAUCAGAAACUUCGGCAGCAGGUCCGUUCUGGACCAUUCCCACAGGAGCGCUGGGCUGCGUCCUGCCCAGCAUAUCUGUGCCGUGUUGGCGCCAUAGAGAUAGAGGCGCCCGCUCACGAGUUCCAGGUCUUCCUUCUCGAUGCGGGGCAGUGAGGGGGAGAGGACCGUGCGACGGCUGGGAGACUGGAGGAAUUUGCUGAGGUCAGCGAAGGGUCGGUUGACGUGGCUGCUGAAGGCAAAGUAUCUGUUCCCCUUGAGAAGGAAGACGUCCUUGAGCCACUUGCCCACUUCAUUUUCUGCAUUGCUUCGCCGUUCAUCACGGGUGACGAAGUUGUUCAACUCAUCGAUGAGCAAGACAGCCCCCUCCGUCCCCAGCCAGUCGAGGAUUGUCUGCUCGUUUAUAGACGCAUGCAUGAUCCACUUGUCGAACUUCAGCUUGUCCAUAGCCACCCCUGCCGCAUCUGCCACUUCCUCUAUUGCUGUCGGUGUCCUGGCCGCCCACGCCACGCGCAUGAAGAGAGAGUCGUUCAGAGAUGGUAAGAGUCUGACCUCCUCGACUGUGUACGCGGUUUCAUCGUUGAAAGAGAUCUGAAUGACGGGGAUGCCCUCCUCGCGCAGCUUCGUGCCCAUCUCUCUCAGUGUCCUGGUCUUGCCUCCACGAGAGAAUCUUGUGAAGAGCAUCGGCAUGAUGCGAUCGUUUCGGGUGUCCCAGUAUUGGUGAUAUUCGGGCAGCAACAGGUCGUAUGCUGUGUCGACGAAGCGACGGCCGAUGAAGUCGGGGCUGUCGUCGCUCUCCAACGGUCGGAGCGGCACUUCUGCGGGGCGGUAGAGGUGAUCUCGUGUGAGCUCGACAACACGCUCUGCGGACACACAACACGCACACACACGCGUAACUAUCUGGCUUGCUAUCUGCCUGCAUGCCUGCCCCUUUGCCUGGCUCUGUGCGUGUUUGCGUACUUGUCUCGGCCAGUCCUCUCGUUGACGAAUCAGCCAACUCUGCAGGCUCGGGCAGCUCUGACAGAAACACAAGUGCAUACGCAGAGAAGAUGAUCACAUACAUCCGUGGGGUGUGUGGGUCCGUCCGUUCGUACACACCCGGAAGUGGCUUCCCGACUGCCACCCAUCCCGAAACACCUAGCUGCUUCACCGCGGCAUAGAAGGAGACUUGACCCUACGCAUGCAAAUCAUGGGUGAGCCACACGAUCACUCUUAGCGCUGUCGAGGUGUAUUCAAGUAAGAGCGCCCUCACCUCCUCCUGCAGUCGAAUGAGCAAUGCCUCAUACUCUUCCCGAUCUUCCUUGCCGUCAUCGCUGCGUGAGGAGCUAUUCGGCACUGUGCGGCUCUCACCGUGCGGCCAUCUGAAUGAUGUGAAUGGCAUUAAUGCACACACAGGGUGGCAUGUCCCGCCAUCCUCAGGCUGCCUUUGCGUGUAUAUAUGUACCUGGCUGCAUCAGCGGUCGCUGUCUGCCGCCUUGCGAUGAACCGAUGGAGCGACACAAGGGGCGAUGUAGAGGAUUCGAGCACCUGAUCCAGCCGCACACAGAAAGGGAAACCACACCAUGAGCUAGCUAGAUAGAUAUAUAUCAUCUUCCUGUCCACCCAACUAACCUGAAGACGUUUGGCAUUGUGGCGAUGCCCACCGAUGACACUCACGGACGCCUGCUCUGGCCCUCCAGCGAUGAAGGCAGAUCCGCUCAAGGCCCUCCCUUCGUGUGCGCGGCGCAUCAUCGCCAUCUUCUUGUGUGACGUGCCGAGGGUCAUGAUGUGCAUGACGCUCGUCAGGAGCACCCAAAGGACACAUGUGAGGCGCGACGAGGCGGCUGGUCGCAUGUCAACAAGACAGAAGCCGGUAACAGUGGCGCUGCGCAU